UUUGUAGUUAUCCCGACAGAAGAAUAUUAACUGAACACUUGGCACGAAUUCGCACGGCACCUAUAUGUCUCAGUACUUCAAGUUUCAUACUUUGUAAACUAUCGUUAUUCGAUCUGAGAGUACAAUCAUGGGUCCAGGCAUAUCACAGAAAAGAAUCAGAAGAUUUUUGAAUUUUGUAACAGACUUCAUUCUGUUGUUAACGUUGAGUUACUAUGUUAGUGCUACAGACAUAAAUGAAUGCAAGUCAACAACCUGUCUGAACGGUGCUUCUUGUAUAGAUGGUACUAAUGGUUACACAUGUUCCUGUAAAGCUGGAUUUAGUGGUGACCUAUGCCAAACGGACAUAGAUGAGUGCAAGUCUUCCCCGUGCCAGAACGAGGCUAUUUGCACAGACAUUAUCAAUGGUUAUGUUUGUACGUGUGUUGCCGGAUAUUCUGGUGUUCGCUGCGAGUCUGAUGUAGAUGAAUGCAGAUCUAUUCCAUGCAAACAUGGCGCUGUCUGUACAGAUAACAUUAACAGUUAUUUUUGUACCUGCAUGUCGGGUUACACCGGAAUCAACUGUGAAAUAGGCAGGUCUAUGCAAAUUAUUGAUAUUGGGUAA